CUGCUUGGCGGGGGCACCAUGAAGUCCCUGCUCCUCAGCCGCUUCCUGCUGCUGCUGCCCUGGGGGCUCAUCGUCCUCCUCCUGCUGGACACGGACAGCAGCCGGGCGCCGCUCGCGCCGCCCGCCCGGCCCCCGCAGCCGACAGCCCCCCGGCAGCCGCCGCUGCCCCCCAUCUAUGCCAUCACCCCCACCUACAGCCGCCCGGUGCAGAAAGCCGAGCUCACCCGCCUGGCCAACACCUUCCGCCAGGUGGCGCGGCUGCAUUGGGUCCUGGUGGAGGACGCGGCCCGGCGCAGCGAGCUGGUGAGCCGCUUCGUGGCGCGGGCCGGCCUGCCCUGCACCCACCUGCACAUCCCCACCCCGCGCAGGUACAAGCGGCCCGGCCUGCCCCGCGCCACCGAGCAGCGCAACGCCGGCCUGGCCUGGCUCCGGCAGCGACACCAGCACCUGCCUCCGCCCCAGCCCGGGGUGCUCUUCUUCGCCGACGACGACAACACCUACAGCCUGGAGCUCUUCGAGGAGAUGCGUACAACCCGCAAAGUAUCUGUGUGGCCUGUGGGGCUAGUGGGAGGCCGAUGGUAUGAGCGCCCUGUAGUGGAAAAUGGCAAAGUUGUUGGCUGGUAUACUGGCUGGAGAGCAGACCGUCCAUUUGCCAUUGAUAUGGCAGGAUUUGCUGUGAGCCUUCAAGUGAUUCUGUCAAACCCUAAAGCUGUAUUCAAACGCCGUGGGUCUCAACCAGGAAUGCAAGAAUCUGAUUUUCUGAAACAGAUAACAACCGUGGAGGAGCUGGAACCAAAAGCAAACAAUUGCACAAAGGUUCUUGUAUGGCACACUCGAACAGAAAAGGUAAAUCUAGGUAAUGAGCCAAAAUACCACCUAGACACAGUUAAAAUUGAGGUAUGAUCUAGAGA